AUGGAAGCUGCUGUCAAUGGCUUGUCUAUCACAAGACAACACUCACAAAAGGCUGUAGAUGGCCACCGAUUCAUAGAGAAUGGACAGAUGAUAUAUCAGGAAGAACGACUAAGGAUUGAGAAUCACAAAGUAUUGAGCAAGGCCAUCAUCCAUUUUAGAGAAUGGAGAGCCACUGUUGAAUCAGCCAGUGCCACGAUGCGUGCCUCAGAUAUACCCCAAGAAUACACUUAUUUAAUAGCCAUGUUGGCGCACGAAAGCGAUGAAAGCUUAAAUUCAUUAGCAAAGCGAUUAAACGAUCUAUUAUCACCUUUUGACAAGAGCAAUGAAGCAUCCUUCUCGUUUUUCAAGGCAAUCAAGCAGAUCAUCAAAUCAGCGGCACAUCAGGAGCGAUAUGGAUUAGCAGAUGUUGUGUUGUUGAUGAAAGGAGCUCCUGCUACGAUGCCCAAAAGAUUAUCCAUGUUUCGAUGGCAGGUCCACGAUAUCUCCAAAUUGCCAGCAGAUGUGAUGAAAGCAGCGACCAGGAAACGAGACAAGCGAAAACUAUUCUCUACCAUGUUUACAAAGGCAUUUCUCAGUUUAUCAGAAAGCGAGAGAAUGGAGUUACUGUAUGACGAGAAUGGAAGCUUCAUCAUUGAAUCAUCUGCAGAAGAAGCGAUGGCCGAUACGCUGUUGUCGCCAUUCAAGCAAAGAGAUUAUGUGACACUAGCACCUUUGAUCCGACAACCACGAAAGCGGCUCUGCUCUAGCUUUGAUACCCUAUUCUACGUCGGAUUAAACGACACGUUCGAUCUUCGCCAGCGAUUUCUAGAGGAAUUGCCACGCAGCGCCAAAGCAAAGCGAGGCAUAGCAUCGCGGGCGAUGGAUUUACACAAGGCGUGGCUGGACAGCACGAGAACAGGGGCAACCACGACACGGCAGUAUCCUGGACUUAAGAUGAAACUACUGCAAUUCCAUGAAGAUGUGCGUCCUGCUUAUUACGGAACCUGGACAAAGGAGGAAAGUGUGGUGAUGGGACGAACUCCUUUUGCUAAACAUGAGGCACUGGAUUACGAGUACGAUAGUGAAGCAGAAUGGGAUCAUGAUGUGGAUGGAGAUGAUAUUUACACGUUGGAUCCUGAUGAAGAUGAAGACAUGUUGUUUCCAGAUGAUGAAGAAGAAGAGAUGGCUGGCUUCUCUGUUACCAAUGGAGAAGAGGACGAGCAUAAAUGGGUGGUGCCUGAAGGAUAUCUCUCUGACGAUGAAGGUAUUCAUGUUGUUGAAUUCUCACAGAAGCACAAGCACGGUAUUGUUAGUCGCCCUGCAAAGUGGCCCAUCGCAGGAAACAAGCACUUUCCCAUGAAACCUUUGAUUCUCGGCCCCUCUGUUGAAACAACAAACGAACCUGAGAACCACCCACUAUCCGACUUUAGAAUGCAUCUGUUGGUUCAUACAGACAUGCCUGAAGGCUAUUCUCCAUUUACUCCACUUGACGACGAUGACGACGAUCUUAGAGAAACGGCAAAUACAGCUGCAAACGCUACAUCUAACAUUUGCUUUGAGCCCGACAAGUCAAAAUCGCCAUUAUAUCGUAGAGAGAUUGAUAAGAUGCAGCAGGAGAAUCGACAGGAAUUAGUUAAUGUGAUUGUAAACAACACUUCAAAGACAAUGAUGGGCUUGGUCACUCUACUAAAGGCCAAGACCGGGUUUGAAGAGUAUACGAUUGCUCAGUUACAGGCAAUGAUUCAUGAUUUAGCCAUUCAAGAAGUGAGAGGGUCCAGCAAAGAAUACAAUUGGUACCUACGAUCGUAA